AUGGUUGAUAGGUUCUUGGAUCAAGAACCUAUGGAAAAACACUCGAAUACACACAAAGACAAUAUAUCUGAAUUAUACAGCCUCCUUUUAUUGAAAAAGAAUCAUUCACAAAAGGGUGCUGUGGACGAAAAGGAAGUGCUAUUACGACAUGCUUAUGGUCUAGGAUAUCCAGAACCCAAUGUCACCUUUGGUCUUUGUCGAGGCACCUGGUCCUCACCGGCAUUAAGGGUGUACACAUCAGACGAAGUUGUGAACCAAUUGGGGAGGGCUAAAGUGGAAUACUUGGAAGCUUCAGUGGGUAUCACAAACAAGAGAAAGAUAGUUGUGCCAAAGCUUUUGGAGUGGCAUAUGCAUGAUUUUGCAGAUGAAAUGGAAUCACUGUUAGAAUGGAUUUAUAGCCAAUUGCCACGCUCAGUUUCAUUGAAGAGGGCCACCAUGGAGAGCCUCAUAAGAGAAACAAAAUAUCCUAUGUCUAAGAUGGUGGAAAUUCAGCCAUAUGAAUCUGAAUUCCGCUAUCUCCUUCCUAUAUAAAUAAGAAAGUAAAAAGCCACACUUUUA